AUGGCCGCGCAAUUGGCUGUUAAAAAAUUAGAUGGAAUAGCUGAAGACCUUAAGCUGUUGAGAAAGUCCGUGAGCGCUCUGCAGUCGUCGGCUGUGACCGGAGCGGUGCAGAACAAGACAGGCUUUGAGGAGCUUCUUGCCGUUUCCCUUAGUAGCGCCAAUGAGUCUAUAUUGACGGCAUUUGACUCCCGCCCACAGUGUGAUUUGGCUAAGGUAGUACAAGUUGUUCAAGAAAUUGAUGCUGAGGUGCAUCGCAUGGAGGCAGCUAUUGAGCUGAAGCCUCUUAUUUCAGAUAAUAAGAAGUUUGAAGCGGACAUAGUGGGCCAACUGGAGCGCCUGGAGAAACUUAUUGAGGCCAAGUCACGCCCCUUAGACAAUGGGAAAAGCGUGGCAACAGCCAUUAAGCUACAAUGA